CAAUCUAAUCAUUAUACUCUACAUGAAUGUCUCGGUAUCUGACUUGGUUUAGAAGGCAGGAUAUAAACUCACAUUUGUAUUAGUGACGACAAAGGUUUCACAUACACAACUGCGGACACUUUUAUCUAAAGAAAGUAACCAAACAUAAUAAUAAACAUGGGUUGCUGUGGCUGCCUAGCCAGAUUUGGCCUCAUUUCCUUCAACCUUAUCUUCAUGUUGUCUGGUAUCGCGGUCCUUGGUGUCGGGAUAUGGGCCAAGGUGAACAAGGACAUCGUCAACAUGCAGCAUCUUGUGACCCUGGAUUCCGGCGACAAUGCACUAAGCACUGCCUCCACGGUUCUCGUCAUCUUUGGUGUCGUAGUCCUGCUGUUUGCAGCCUUCGGCUUCUUUGCCGCCUGUCUGCCAGAGAAAUGUUCUGGAGGAAAGAAGGUCUUCGGCGGACUGUACAUCUUCUUCCUAUCAGUGGUCCUGAUAGGUGAACUUGGAGGUGGAAUAGCAGCUGCAGUUUUCAAGGGGAAGAUACACGAUCAGUUGCCAGACAUUCUGAACAAGUCACUGGGUCCGAAUUAUACGCCAGGGAACAGCCUGCAGACAAAAGCUUGGGACUAUGUUCAAGUCUGGUUGACGUGUUGCGGGUCCACAGGGCCGAAAGAUUACUCUGGAACAAAUUUCACCGACAAAUCGACACACGUUCCAGACACGUGCUGUGUCCUGACCAAUAAUGAUCCGGAUAAACCAAUUGUUAAGAACUCUACCGCAUGUCAAACUGAGGCCAAUCAGAUACAACAUAAUGCUACUGCCACUUCUAAUUUCGUCAAGAAAGAGGGUUGCUUUACUUCGUUUGAGUCGCAAAUUAAGAGUCACGUGGUUCUAUUAGUCGGCGUCGGAGUGGGCAUUGCCAUGCUGGAGUUGCUGGGUAUUGUACUGGCCUGUUACGUGUGCAGAAGGGGAGACAAAGAUGAUUAAAUGAUUAAUAAGAGGUCAGUUGUCACCACGCUGAUGUGUAACAAUUUCAAGAGCUCAAAACGAACCCAGAUUGAAUAUUUUGUUCGUUAUACAUUGUUGUGUGUUAUGUGAUUUAUAUGUCUUGUUAAUUAACUAAUACAAUUAUCUGACGAAAGAAGAACACAAUUUCCAAAUGUUUAUGUAUAAAAUGGAUAACUAAAAUCCUAGAUAUAAAUUGUCGUAUUGCCACUGAUUUUGAAAUUUGGGAAUAAUACAAUUACUUUUUUAUGAUGCGGAAUAAAUUGCUAUGCGGGCUUUUUCCUUGUUUAAUACAAACUUAAUUACUAUUGUUUUUUUAAAUCGAUAAUUCUCAGAGACCUCAUAAAGACAGAUGUAAUAGCAAUGCUGUAUCUUGGAGCGUGGUAGUUAAAAAAGUACACAUCUUUACAUAUCUUUGGUAAGGAUAAUAGAAAAUAAAAGUAUAUUUUAUGUGUCGCACUGUAGGAUAAACGUAUAUACAUUGUAGUUAAUAAUAUUGAUACCAUUGGUUGUACUUUUUGUUAAGUGGACUAUGCAUUAUAUGCCGAGGAAAAUUACAUUUUUGCGUAACGUAGUCGAUGAAUUAUUUACCAAAUAUGAAUAAAACAUACUUAUACAUGUA